UCCGUCGCUGCAGUCCCACAGAGCGGCUACUCAUCAACAUCCUCUCGGUGUCCCCGGAGCUGUGUACCGCUAUGUGGCUCUAAACCGACUGUUCAAACUGGAGCAGGCUUUACCACGACGAGGACGAAUGUGGAUUUGAGGACACCUGCAAACAGGGACUUAUUCUUCCAAAAGACGGACCGGGAAUCCUCUUUUUCACCGAGCAAAUGAGAAAGAAUCGUCAUGACCCUUUUCCCUUGGACCUGUCACUCCUUCACUGACGGACCUCUGCCCUUUUUGGUUUCUGGACUUAUUAUUACCGGGAUGAGAUAAUAAAGUCAUCCAGCUCGUGCAUGCUGCUACAACAACACCUGUGGCACUUGUAAACCCACCUUGCCCUGCCCCCCUAACCCCUCCCCAAGCUAAGAUCAAGUCAACAGUUGAACCAUGACGACACCAGCUCUCCUGCCUCUGUCGGGCCGCAGGAUACCCACUCUGUCUCCGGGAGCCUCCUCUUUCCCGCAUCACAGGGCCACGCUGAGGCUCUCCGAGAAGUUCAUCCUCCUCCUCAUUCUCAGUGCCUUCAUCACCUUGUGCUUCGGGGCCUUCUUCUUCUUACCGGACAACUCCAAGCACAAGCGCUUCGACUUGGGUUUGGAGGAUGUGCUCAUCCCUCAUAUUGACUCGCCCAAAGAGGGAAAGCACGCCUCUGGACAGGUGGUCAUUCAUGGACAAGGGGCACAUGACGAGCACAGGCACAGGGAGGAGGAGGAGAGCCUGCGGGACAAGAUCCGAGCAGACCACGAGCGAGCACUGCAGGAGGCCAAGGAGAAGCUGAGGAAGUCACGUGAAGAGCUGCAGGCUGAGAUUCAGACUGAGAAAAACAAAGUAAUGGAGGAACUGAAAAAGAAGGAUGCGGGGCCUAAACCUUUGCCUCCCGUCCCCAUGCCAAAAGUGGUGGGUGUCAGCGAUGGUGAGCCUGCAGAGCCGGACGUCAAGGAGAAACGAGACAAGAUCAGAGAGAUGAUGAAGCAUGCAUGGGACAGCUACAGGCAGUACGGCUGGGGUCACAACGAGCUGAAGCCCCUCGCCAAGAAAGGACAUUCCACAAAUAUCUUUGGCAAUUCCCAGCUGGGGGCGACCAUUGUGGACGCGUUGGACAGCCUCUACAUCAUGGGUCUGCACGACGAGUUCAAGGACGGCCAGGAGUGGAUCGAACAGAAUCUGGACUUUGGAGUGAAUGCCGAGGUGUCUGUGUUUGAGGUCAACAUUCGUUUCAUAGGAGGACUGCUGGCCGCCUACUACCUCUCUGGACAGGAAAUGUUCAAGCUGAAGGCGGUGCAGCUAGCAGAGAAGCUGCUCCCGGCCUUCAACACCCCCACCGGGAUCCCCUGGGCCAUGGUCAACCUGAAGAGUGGUGUUGGGCGUAACUGGGGCUGGGCGUCGGCCGGCAGCAGCAUCCUGGCAGAGUUUGGGACUCUGCACAUGGAGUUCGUUCACCUCACCUACCUGACAGGAAACCCCGCCUACUACCAGAAGGUGAUGCACAUCAGGAAGCUGCUCGCCAAAAUGGACCGACCCAACGGACUGUAUCCAAACUACCUGAACCCUCGGACGGGGCGCUGGGGACAACAUCACACCUCAGUUGGAGGACUUGGGGACAGUUUCUACGAGUACCUGCUGAAGGCAUGGCUCAUGUCCGACAAGACCGAUACAGAAGCCCGCAAAACCUACGAUGAAGCCAUUGAGGCUAUCGAGCGGCACCUGAUACGCAAAUCCAACGGCGGUCUGACGUUUAUCGGCGAGUGGAAGAACGGCCACCUGGAGAGGAAGAUGGGGCACCUGGCGUGCUUCGCCGGCGGCAUGUUUGCUUUGGGCGCCGACGGCUCGCCUGACGAUAAGGCCGGACACUACCUGCAGCUCGGGGCCGAGAUCGCUCACACCUGCCACGAGUCCUACGACCGGACAGUGUUGAAGCUGGGCCCGGAGGCCUUUAAGUUCGACAGCGGCCUGGAGGCGGUGGCCGUGCGGCAGAACGAGAAAUACUACAUCCUGCGGCCGGAGGUCAUCGAGACGUACUGGUACAUGUGGAGGUUCACCCACGAUCCCAAAUAUCGCCAGUGGGGCUGGGAGGCAGCGCAGGCCAUUGAUAAGUACUGCAGGGUGAGUGGAGGUUUCUCCGGGGUGAAGGACGUCUACUCCUCCAACCCGACCUACGACGACGUGCAGCAGAGCUUCUUCCUGGCCGAGACGCUAAAGUAUCUGUACCUGCUGUUCUCCAGCGACGACCUGAUGCCCUUUGACAGUUGGGUUUUCAACACGGAGGCUCACCCGCUGCCUGUGCUCCACCUGGGCAACAUCACCCUGCCUGGCAGCGAUCCGUCUCAGCAGUGAACAGGAAGUGUUGUUCUCCUCCACAGCAGCAGGGGGCGCCACCUGUCUGAACGACAAACAACCCACCAACACUGGACACAGUUACAUUCAGCUCCACAGACUCUCUACUGCUUCUGGACUGCAGACAUCAACCAGAGGAAUGAUGGAGAGCCUCCCGAGGGGACGUAGAGACCCUCUCUCUUCUUCUAUGUUUUACUCUUUGACUCUCUCUCUGUCUUCUCUGAAAGACGGCGUUUUUUGCUGCUCAGCCUCGCGACUGGCUUGAACUGACUCUGAAGGACCGAGCUCUAAUACAGGCUCGAUUUGUUUGUUUUUUUGUUAUUAUUUUUUAGUGACCAAACUCUACUCCCAUACAGACUCAAGCUGAGGCAUUAUGGGUUUUCUGUGAAGGAUUACAGUCAGUUUGACACUGUACUGAUGGAAGUGUGUUUGUUUCUCUUCCAGACUGACUGACUUGAGGACUUUACAGGGUCUGUUGAUGUGUUUUUUUUUGUUUGGACUCAUGGGGACACAGGGUUGAAUGAAAGCCCUUCGCUUCUCCCUGAACCCUCCUCUUACUCGUCUUACUCCACUUCCUGUUUAAUCUUCAUCUGAUGGACUUUGACCUGGAACUAUUAGCAGCUCGUCACAUCAUCAGUGCGAGGGCGGGUUGUAUCUCCUCCUCCUUUUACUCCUCUAAUCAUCCUUUUUUCAGAACAGUGGACCAUUGUAAGUGAACAGUAACUCCACCUGGACAGCAGCAGCUUCUCCAUCUUCUCUCUCCACACCUCGACAUCUUUCCAGUUCCUCUCCCAGAUAUUAACGUCACCGAGUGCUGCUACAUUUGUUCAUUUUCCGCCACCUUUUUCUGAUCAUACAAUAGUUCCUGUCCAUUUAUCCCCUCAAUUUGUUCUCUUAUUUCUCGCCUUCUCAUAACACAUUUUUGAAGGAUCCAGUAAUGCUUCUGUAUGAGUAUGAGUGUCUGUGUGUGUGUGUGUGUGGGUGUGUGUGGGUAAGAUAACCUCUGCUGUAAAUCAUUGAUUUGUGCACUUUGUAUGGGAAGACUUUGAAGAAGAGAGAAAUAGAAGUGUAGCACUGAAAGAGCUGAAUAUAGGCUCCCUGCUGAGCUCCCAGCAUGCAGCAGUCGCUCCGUAUAUCACGUAAAUUGUAUGAACUAUACCGUUCUCAACCACUUAUUUUUUACAUUCCUGCUUUAAUUGUCUCUUCGCUUCUCAUUCCUUCUCUUCUCUUGUCCAUUGUAACCUUCAUACUCCUUAACUAAAACAAAACAUAUGAACACUCUUGAGGAUUUGUUUCUGAGGUUUUCCAGAAAAGGCUAAUUUAAAAAACAUUCAUUUAAUAAUGUCCAAGUUUUUGGAUAAUCUCUAAAUCACAAAACAGUUUGAGCUUUUGAGAAAUAUAUAUCACCUGUUAAAUGUACAUUAUAAAGCUGCAAGCAUGUCCCCUUUGGGUUUAUUGUUCAGUAAACAAUCAUGACGAAUAACUAC